AUGUUUAAAAGGAUCAAACGCGCAAAUUUCCGUCGGCGAAACGAGUCCGACGAGGACGAGCGGGAGGAGAAUGUGCAGCCGAUGCUGGCACCGACGUUGUUCGGGCCUGUUUUAGAAGAAGUCCCGUUCCUGGAGACGUCCAGCGGCAACAACGAUAGCUUAAGCCCCAAGAGCAAUGGUUUCGGGGCCAAUUUUAAAACCCCCAGAGACUUGAAGAGGGACAAGAAGGGGAAAGACAACGCUACGGCGCUCGGACCCACAAAAGGCAGUUUGCUUAGUUUCGACGACGAAGAAGAAGAAGAAGGACCAGACGUCUUCCGAGUGAAGAAGUCCAAUCACAGCAAGAAAAUAGUGAAGCAGCUGAAGAAAGAGUACAAGGAGGACUUGGAGAAGUGUGGCGUCGUCAAAACAGAAGCGGCACCUCAGCCUUUUGUCACUGUCAAAGAAGAAGUGGUCAUCAAAGUGGAAAAUGAAGUUGGCGAAGAAGAAAUGGAUGUUGACAGUGCUGACGAGCAGAAGGAAGAUGCGAAGGGAAGUCAAGGACAAAGAAGCAGCAGUGGAAAUAACACUGGAGCAACAUUCAACACGCUUUCUUCCCUCAGCACUCUGAGACCUGGGGAGAUCCCUGACGCAGCAUUCAUUCAUGCUGCCAGAAAGCGGCGACAGCUGGCCAGAGAGUUGGGAGGCGACGCCCCGCUUGUUGAGACGGAAACCCCCAAGAAACGACUGGCGCAAGAGGACCAAGACGGAAGCGACGACGAAGACGGGGAAGAGAAGCGGAUUCGUUUCAGCGGCGUCCGAAACAAAACUCAAAGGCAAAAGAUCGCGGAGGAGAUAGGUAUCGAGGGCAGCGACGACGAGGCGCUGGAUGGUGGUCAUGAUGAAGAGGUGAGCCGGUGGGAGCAGGAGCAGAUCAGGAAAGGGAUCAGCAUACCACAGGUCCAACCAGAGGAGACACCGGCCUACUACCAGAACAGCUAUGAAACUCAGCCUUACGGCAGUGGCUACAACAUGCCCUUCACCUACGGCGUGAUGCCCCAGCAGGCCGGCAAGCCUCCCGGUCCAACCGACGGCGCUGCGGCUCACUUCGGUCUCUCUGUUAGUGACUUAGCCCCAGUGUCCAUUGAUCUGGUAAAGAAACGCCUUCAGGAUAGGCUGGGUCAUAUGCGUAUAGGCCACAAAGCCAACCUCAACCGGUACACAGAGAUCCAAGAAGACCUGGCUUCCUCAGAGAGCGCCAUAUUACAGCUGGACGGCUCGUCCAAUGACAAUGCAGAUCAAUAUCAAUUCUUGCAAGAGAUGCGAGGGUAUGUUGGAGACUUGCUUGAGUGUUUCGGUGAAAAGGUGCCCGUCGUCGAGGAGCUGGAGGCUGCCAUGCACCAGUUACUAAGGCAACGGGCCUCGCGACUCGUCCAGAGAAGACAGGAUGAUAUAAAAGAUGAAUCGGCGGAGUUUGCAAGCCUUUCAAAUAAAGCCGUCAUGGCUCCCAGUCUGGACUCGUUCGGUCGUGACCGCACGUUGUACCAAGAGAGUAGUCGCCAAAGGAGGAUAGCGGAACGAGAAGCCCGGAGAGCUCGACGGCGUCAAGCACGAGAGCAGAACGGAAAGUGGGCGGAGCACAAAGAAGGCUUGUCGUCCGAUGACGAGGAGACGUCUACGGACAUCACCGGCUUCGACACGGAGCACGAUCGUAUCACCAGAGAAUGCAAGAAAGUAUUUGAGGAUGUGCUGGAGGAUUUCCAUUCCCUGGACUACAUCAAAUCCCAGUUUGAAGUGUGGAGGAGAGACUACGCCGAGUGCUACAAAGACGCUUACAUCGGCCUCUGCCUGCCCAAACUCUUCAGCCCUCUAGUUCGACUGGAGCUCAUCGCAUGGAACCCUCUUGAGGCACAGUGUGCAAACUUUGAGUACAUGCUCUGGUUUGAGUCGCUUUUAUUCUACGGUUUUAAGGAGAAUAGUAAAUUGCAAAAAGGGGACAGUGACAUUGGACUGCUACCAGCUAUUGUGGAGAAGGUCAUCCUCACCAAACUGACAGUGUUGUCAGAACAAGUUUGGGACCCGCUGUCAAACAGUCAGACGACGCGACUGGUGGGCUUUAUUCGCAGACUGAUGAAAGGCUACCCAACUGUGCUCCAUGGGGACAACCAAUACACACGGGAAUUGUUGAAAACUGUUGUACUGCGAGUACGGCGGACUCUGGAUGAAGAUGUAUUCCAACCCCUCUACCCUAAAAAUUUGCUGGAAAACAAGAAUGGCGGUCCCUACUUAUUCUACCAGAGGCAGUUCUGGACUUGUGUGAAGCUUUUGAGAAAUAUCUUGCAAUUGGAGGGCAUUGUCUCCACUUCCUGUCUAAAGGACCUGGCUUUAGACAGUACUCUGAACAGGUACAUCCUCUCUGCACUGCAGACCACCGAUGCCAGUGAGGACAAUGUUCUUAAGUCCCAAAAGGUGGUUUACUGUUUGCCGACGCAAUGGUUCGCCGGGCUGAAGGGCCAGCAAACGCUGCCUCAGUUAGAGCCGCUCUGUCGCUACCUUGUCCAUUUGGCUAACUCGUUAUACCGCAGCAGCUUGGGGGCGUCUGAUAUCGAGCGGCGUAUCACAAAGGAUCACGUGAAAGAAGUCAUAAAGAUGCUGGUGCACGUGAAGGCUGUGGACCACAUCAUUUCCGUGGCAGCUGAGCAAGGCAUUAAAGACAUUAAGUCUCUGUUGGAAACCAAGUCGUAG